AUGGACGCCAAACGAUCUGCCGAAGCGCUUGUCCCCCGUUUCCAGUUCGAACGGCUGCUCAAUCAGGACCAAGCCGGCCGCCGAUCAGCGCUGUACGGUGCCAUCGACGGACAACCGGCGCUUCUAAUCCUCGAACGCGCCCCAUUCCCAACGUCCACAGCCUACCUGGGCCGUGCGGCCAACACCCUCCGGGCGUUAACCAACCUCGGCGCCAAUGACAUCUACCACUGGUACCUGGCUAGCAGCGGCGUCAUCGAGAUUCCGGUCGAAGAGAGCGAGGGCACGGACGACGAGUUUGCCGACCUCAAGAUCAACCUCAUCUACCCGUGCACAGAAAAGCAUGUGAAAAAGUACAGCAAGCAGGGCGUGCGUUUCGUGACCGAGACGCCCGAGAUCUACCGCGAUUAUGUGCGGCCGUACAUGCAGGCGCAGCGCGAGGCGGGCCGACUGAACUGGGUGUACAAUAUCAUUGAGGGCCGGAAGGAGGUUGAAGACGUUAUUUACCGAACGCCGUACGGCCAGGAUCCCGAGGAGGGCUUCCUGCUACUGCCGGACCUGAACUGGGAUCGCAAGACUGUCGAGGCGCUGCACCUGCUGGGCAUCGUCGAGCGGCGGGAUUUGUGGAGCUUGCGCGACCUCAAGAAGAAGCACCUGCCAUGGCUGCGGCACAUGCGCGAGAAGCUGAUCGAGGCGACGACCAAGGUGUACCCUACCGUCGAAGCAGACCAGCUCAAGCUGUACCUGCACUACCAACCAACAUAUUACCAUCUGCACAUCCACAUCGUGCAUGUGCAACUCGAGGCGGGGGCAACGCAAGCUACGGGCAAGGCGGUCGGGCUGGAGAGCGUCAUGGAACAGCUAGAACAUAUGCAUGUAGGACCGGAGGAUGGCGACGGCAGCGACGUAGGCAUGGACCGCGUCACCAUGUGCUACACGCUGGGCGAGGCGAGCGACCUGUGGGUGGACGUGUUCGAGCCGCUUAAGCGGAAGAAGCAGGCUCGCCCGACGAGCGAGCCCGGUGCAGCUUCUCAAUCUCAAUGA